AUGGACCCGCGAUUGGCGCUAGAGCUAGAGGAUGAGCGGGAAGACGUCGAAGCGCGUCUGCAGAAAAUACAGGAGGAGGUAGAAUCGCUGCUAGAAGAGCAGGAGCAGCUAAUCAAGAGACGCGAGGAGAUUAACUCCAGACUAGAGGCGUCAGCUGCGGCUGCAGCCGCGUGGGCUGCUGCUAAUAACGCGAAUGCUAAUAGCGAAGCUGCCAUCCUGUGCAAGAGGGAUGUGUUUGUCAUCAUGCCAGCAGGGGGCGGGAAGAGCCUCUGCUACCAGCUGCCAGCGCUGCUAUCUGCACUGCUCACUUUCUGCCCUGCUGCCCUGCUGCAAUGCUUGCUUAUCGUUCUCCUCUCCCUUCGUCCCUCCCCUCAUCAGAUCAUCAACGCCGUGUUGUGUAAACGAGAUGUGUUUGUCAUCAUGCCAGCAGGGGGCGGGAAGAGCCUCUGCUACCAGCUGCCUGCACUGCUAUACCCAGGCAUCUCCCUGGUCGUCAGCCCACUUUUGUCGCUCAUUCACGACCAGGUCAUGUGCCUGUCAGGCUUUGGCGUGCCAGCGGCCAUGCUCACAUCUACAACGUCCAAAGACGAGGAGAGGGCUUUGGGGUGCCGAGUGAAGCUGCUAUACGUGACUCCUGAGAAGGUGGCGAGGAGCAAGCGGUUCAUGUCCAAACUGGAGAAGUGCCACGCUGCUGGGAGGCUGUCAUUGAUUGCCAUAGAUUGCUCAUGCGGUAACCGCACCUCACUGCUAUACGUCACUCCUGAGAAGGUGGCACGCAGCAAGCGGUUGAUGUCGAAGCUGGAGAAGCGCCAUGCUGCUGGGAGGCUCUCAUUGAUUGCCAUAGAUGUGAGUGCUGGCACGCAGAGGCGCACUGCUGCAGCCAGUGGGGGCAUGACUUUUGUCCCUGACUAUGCCCCUCCUACACAUUCACUUUCCCCCACACCCCUGUUCAACCCCUCCUCCUCCCUCUUCCCUUAUCAGGAGGCGCAUUGCUGCAGCCAGUGGGGCCAUGAUUUCCGCCCCGACUAUGCUCAUCUCUCAUGCCAAGAGGGGGGAGGGGGCGGGGAAAAGGUCCCCUGCCCCGACUACGCACAUCUGUCUGUGCUCAAGAAGCAGUUCCCCAAGACGCCCAUGCUCGCCCUCACAGUGAGUGCUCGCCCUUGCAGUGAGUGCUUGACUUUCUCCGUGUCAGUGUCCAAGAUGGAGGAGAGAGGGGGCGGGAAAGGGUGUCUUGCCCUGACUAUGCUCAUCUCAACUGAACGAGUGAGGGACGAUGUGAGGGACAUGCUUCAAAUGCGGCGAUGCGAGCUCUUUGUUUCCUCUGUCAAUCGCCCCAACCUCUUCUAUGAGGUGCGGGAGAAGCCGCCUGGUGCAGCUGCUGCUGUGGAGUCGAUUGCUCACUUCAUUCUGGAGCACUAUGCGCCUUCUGACUCGGGCAUUGUCUAUUGCUUCUCACGCAAGGAGUGCGAGCAGGUAGCAUCAGAGCUGUCGCCGCGUGGAUCCCCAGCAGCACACUACCGUGCCGAUAUGGACCCAGCCCACGUGCAUAGUGAGGUAGCAUCGGAGCUGUCGCUGCGGGGCAUCCCGGCAGCGCACUACCAUGCCGACAUGGACCCUUCCCAUCGCACUCAUGUGCAUGAGAGUGGGCGAGCAGGCAGGGAUGGGCUGCCGGCUCGCUGCAUUCUCUUCUUCCGAUGUGCGGACCUGCCCCGACAGCCCUGGCGAGCGGGCAGGGAUGGGUUGCCGCCCUCGCUGCAUUCUCUUCUUCCGAUGCGCCGACCUGCCAAGACAGCCCUGGCGAGCGGGCAGGGAUGGGUUGCCGCCUCGCUGCAUUCUCUUCUUCCGAUGCGCCGACCUGCCAAGACAGCCCUGGCGAGCGGGCAGGGAUGGGUUGCCGCCUCGCUGCAUUCUCUUCUUCCGAUGCGCCGACCUGCCAAGACAGAGCAGCAUGUGGGAGGAGUGAGUGAGGGAGUACUGAGAGAUGGACUGGUGCUAUUCACAGAGAACGCUGGGCUGAUCAAUCUGUAUGCCAUGGGGCGGUAUGCCAUGCUGAGUGGUGUGGAGAGAACGGCCAUCUUCAGACACUUCGGGGAGGAGCCGAGGGAAUGCGAAGGUAUGUGUGACAUUUGCAGCCAGGGAGGAGGAGGAGGGGAACGAACAGCGCAGCAGGACUUUACUCCCCCACGCCCGUUUCCAUACUCGAAUUCGUCAAGAAACCCAAUCGUCCAAGGAGAAAUCCCCUCACACUGUUGCAGCUUACAGAGCAAUGGCGAACAGGAGGCAGGGGAGGAGGAGGGGGAGGCGGAGGAGUGGGGGAGAGGGAAUGUGAAGGGAGGGGGAAAAGGGGAAUCCGAGAGUUGGGUUCGUGGUGAAGGGAUCACUAAAGAGACAACAGAGCAGCUUAUAACGCAUUAUGCUCCUGUCAUCUGUGCUGGUGAGUAG